CUCGGUGCGCUGCAUCGCAUGGCGAUUGGCUGUGGAAAUGCUGGGAAGCUCCGUUAAAUUAAACAUUACGCUCAGUCGUCGGCAGAUGCAGACAGCCAGUUAAUUAAACCAAAUCGUCGGUGCCGCGCUCACGUAGACACGCCGGUUAAAAUUACCUUUUCUUGUGUAAAAAAUCAGCAAAAUGGUCAUUGAAAAAAUUUGCUGCCUGGGUGCGGGCUAUGUUGGAGGCCCAACUUGCAGUGUGAUCGCUCUAAAGUGCCCCCAUAUCAGAGUGACAGUGUGUGAUAAAAGUGCUGAACGUAUAGGCCAGUGGAAUUCGGACAAACUGCCUAUAUACGAGCCAGGAUUGGACGAUGUAGUGCAGCAGUGUAGAGGCAAAAAUCUAUUCUUUUCUACGGACAUUGCUAAAGGGAUUCGGGAAGCGGACUUGAUCUUCAUAUCUGUGAACACGCCCACCAAAACCUUUGGCAAUGGCAAAGGUAGGGCCGCAGACUUGAAAUACAUCGAAGGCGCUGCGAGAAUGAUCGCGGAUUUGGCGACCAGCAACAAAAUAGUGGUCGAGAAAAGCACUGUACCAGUGAAAGCCGCCGAAAUUAUCAUGAAAAUACUCAGGGCGAACACGAAACCUGGUGUCGAGUAUCAGAUACUGUCCAACCCAGAGUUUUUAGCUGAAGGCACUGCAAUAGUUGAUCUGGUUGAAGCAGAAAGAGUUUUAAUUGGUGGUGAAGACACUCCUGAGGGUCAGAAAGCUAUUCAAGAGCUCUGCUGGGUGUAUGAACACUGGAUACCAUCGAAGAAUAUAAUCACAACAAACACUUGGAGUUCUGAGCUGUCAAAACUUGCUGCGAAUGCUUUCUUAGCCCAAAGAAUAUCAAGCAUCAACUCCUUGUCAGCUGUGUGUGAGGCCACUGGUGCUGAUGUGUCAGAAGUGGCUCGUGCUAUCGGCCGUGAUUCUCGUAUCGGACCUAAGUUCCUGGAGGCAUCUAUUGGGUUUGGAGGCAGCUGUUUCCAGAAAGACAUUCUUAAUCUUAUAUACCUGUGUGAGUGCUUAAACCUGCCAGAAGUGGCUGCAUAUUGGCAGCAAGUUGUUGACUUAAAUGAUUACCAGAAAACCCGUUUCACUAGGAAAGUCAUUGAAUCACUAUUUAACACUGUAACAGAUAAGAAUAUAGCCAUACUAGGGUUUUCUUUCAAGAAAAACACCGGUGAUACCAGAGAGUCUCCAGCUCUUUAUGUUUCAACAACUUUGCUUGACGAAGGAGCAAAACUUCACAUAUACGACCCGAAAGUUGAAGAUGAACAGAUCAUGUAUGAUUUGACACAUCCGUCUGUCUGCUCAGAACCGGAAGUGGUCAGAAAGAAUGUACAUAUUCACAGAUCUGCAUACUCCGCAGUGACUGGUGCACAUGCAAUAGUUUUGUGUACCGAAUGGGAUGAAUUCAAGGAGCUGGACUUCAGAAAAAUAUAUGAAGUUAUGAUGAAGCCUGCGUACAUAUUCGAUGGACGCAAACUGCUCGACCAUGAGACGUUGUUGAACAUCGGUUUCCACGUGCAGACGAUUGGGAAGAAGUUGUGCAGGACAAGCAGCAUCAGAGCUCAAGGCAGUCAGACGUUGCCGUAGGAUAAUCAAUUAGUGUAUAUACCCAGCUGAUGCAAUAGUCACAAACGCUAAAUUAACUUUAAGGUAAACUUAGAGAAUUAAGAAUUAGUGUUAAUUAAACUUAAAAAAAUUAUUCAGAUCAAAAUCAAACGCCCCGCUCAGAGACGUCAGUUAUCUUUUUAGUUGUACUACUACCAUAAUCCUAAUUUUAAAUUCAUGCUAUUUAAUCCAUUACUGAUAAUUUUAAUUUAUAUUUUUUUAUCAAUUUGUCAAUCUUUAUCAGUUUCAUGUGAUGAAAACGUGUCAGCCACACAUAGGUUUAGCAAUUUUUUUUCUAUCAAAUAUAGUAUUUUCGAAACUUUCACCUCUAAAAAUAUAGUAAGUAGAUGGAAAAAAUAUAUAUAUAUGGUAUGUGGUUAAAUAGGGAUGAUGGCCAAUUUUUUUUUCUUUGUUUACCAGGUAGAUUAUCAAAAAGUAUUGGACACGUAUUUUUUCUUUUUUCACAUAAUAUAAACAUUGCAGAGAUAUAAUGAUUUGAAAAGUCGUAUGACGUCACGUUUCGGUACUCUUAUAAGUGAAAAUUUACUCUAAAGUGACAUCACGAGCCCCUACUCCCGAACUAUGACGCGCUAUAACUUUGUCAUUUUUCGGUUGAUUGCCCAAAGAAAAAAUACGUGUCCAUUAUUUUUUGAUCAUCUAACUGACGGACUAAAUAGAAUUUCGUUUACUGAACCAUUGUCAUCACCCCUAUUAUUUAAGUACCUUAUGAGAUAUGCAGAUCAUUCCUAAUGAAAAUAAUAAGUUUUAUUUUCUGUUA